AUGGGCCAGAAGAUCUCCGGCAGCAUCAAGUCGGUGGAUGUACGCGGGGAGCCCUCGUAUCGGCCGGUGCGCCGCGAGUUGCGGGGCCCCGAUUUCUGUCGGCCCCCCCGGCUGGACCUGCUGCUGGACAUGCCGGCGGCGAGCGCCGAGGCCCAGCUCCGCCACGCCUGGAACUCGGACGACCGCUCGCUCAACGUCUUCGUCAAGGAGGACGACAAGCUGACGUUUCACCGGCACCCGGUGGCGCAGAGCACGGACUGCAUCCGCGGCAACGUGGGCUACACCCGGGGCCUCCACGCGUGGAGGAUCCACUGGCCCGCCAGACAGAGGGGCACCCACGCCGUGGUGGGCGUGGCCUCCGCCGAGGCCUCGCUGCACUCGGUCGGCUACACGGCCCUGGUGGGCUCCGACUGCGAGUCCUGGGGCUGGGACCUGGGUCGCAACAGACUCUACCACGACGGGAAGAACCGGCCCGCCUCCACGCCGGCGCCCACGUACCCGUGUUUCCUGGAGCCGGACGAGUCGUUCGUGCUCCCGGACUCUCUGACGGUGGUCCUGGACAUGGACGAGGGGACGCUGAGCUUCAUGGUGGACGGACAGUACCUGGGAGUCGCCUUCAGGGGGCUGAAGGGCAAGAGGCUGCAUCCCAUCGUCAGCGCCGUGUGGGGCCACUGUGAGGUUUCCAUUCGCUACGUCAACGGACUCGAUCCGGAGCCCCUCCCCCUCAUGGACCUGUGCAGACGAGUAGCCCGACUGGCUCUCGGCAGAGAGCGCAUCCAUCACAUCGACGAGCUGCCGCUGCCGCAGACGCUGAAGAACUACCUCCAGUACCAGUGACACACACACACACACACACACACACACGGGACGGUGAUGAGCUCCAUUGGUUCUUAUGGUAACCAGCCUCCAGACAUCUGCUGAGGACGAUGAUGUUGACCACGAACAGACGCCGCUGCAUGGGAGGGAGGGGGGUGGGGGGGGGGGCAAUUUGAAUGUUUUUAUCUUCUGGAUAUGCGCCUUAUUAUUUUGUAGGAGUCUUUCUACUGGACAGACAGCAUGAGAGGAGUGAGACAUUUUGCAGUGUAAUAGUCUGUUUUAAAUGCUUUUUUUGAGGGGUGGGGGGGGGUUGACGGCUUUACCCGCCAUUUUUUUUCCCGCACGCACUCCGUGGAAGCCUCCUCAGGGGAAAGAAAAAAAACAACAACAACAUGUUGGUAUUUAUAUUUAUAUUCCCAACAACACAGCAGGCUCUGUGGAGAGGCAACAAGCCCCAAGAGAGAGAGGGAGAGAGAGAGCAUGAGAGAGAGAAGGGAAGAAAGUCUACACCAAUCCAUUUGUGUGUGUACACACACACACACACACACACACACACGGAUUACAUACAGUAGACACUCUGUCUGUUUGUCGCGUGGAGAGAAACAAAGCCUCGACUGUCUGGAGUUGGAUGACGAGCGGUUCCCACCUACCGGCUAAAGAAACCACGGCGACUCUGCCUUGUUUGAACCUCCUCACUCCCUCUCUCCUCACUCCCUCACUUCCUCACUCCCUCACUUCCUCACUCCCUCACUCCCUCACUCCCUCACUUCCUCACUCCCUCUCUCUUCUCACUUCCUCUCUCUGAUUUUAAGCCUCCACCAUGUUCGGUGAACUCAAAGGACUGCGGGUGCUGUUUGUCGACUCUCUAGCUCCUGUAACACUGAUGGAGAUCUGAAGGUUGAAGAUGUGUGUGUGUGUGUGUGUGUGUGUGACUGCUAAUGUGCCUGCUCUGAGACGCACACACAGACAAUAAAAGCACAUGUCAACACUUGUCAUGUCACAAAUCACCUCCCAUACACACACACAGUUUUUAAUGCUGCUUUUACAUCUUUUUAUUCAACAGUCUUACCCCUCCUUUUUUUUUUUUUAAAUGCCUGAUUUUAAUCUUUUUUUAAAUUCUGGUUCUUAUGAUGAGAAUUAAUUUUUUUAUGUAUUUCUUCUUCAUUCCAUGGAUCAUGAGAUGUGUCUGCGGGACGGGUUUGUCUCGUAGGUGUAAAGAAAUCUUUUUAAAUGUGAAUAUGAAUAAACUGGGCUAAACUCUC